AUGGAACCGGCGGCUGGUGGGGAGGAACUGGGCCAGGCUAGCCAGUCUCCGCAGCUUUCCCUCCAUCUCAACAUGAUCAUGCGUCGUACUCUCUGUAGUGCUGUUUCUGACAUCGGAGCUGUUUUACCAAAGAGCUAUCAAAAGGUUCCAGGUCCUAGACCUCUUCCGCUAUUGGGUAACAACUGGCGUUUUCUUCCUUACAUAGGACAGUAUAAGCUGGAAGAGAUAGACAAACUUAGCCUAAUGCUGCGAUCGAGGUAUGGUCGCAUAGUGAGGAUAUCAAACCUGUUAGGGAGGCCCGACAUGGUCUUUCUAUAUGAUCCUAAUGAGAUAGAGAAGGUGUUCCGGGGAGAGGAUACGCUUCCAUAUCGCCCAUCCAUGCCCUCGCUCGACUACUACAAACAUCAGCUUAGAAAAGAUUUCUUUUCGGAUAUUGGAGGAGUUAUUGCAACACACGGAGAAAAAUGGCAUCAAUUCAGGACCAAAGUACAGCAUGCAUUACUACAACCGAGAAUCGCACAGCUUUAUUUAAAGCCAAUAGAAGAAACAGCCAACGAGUUUGUUAAUAGGAUAAGAGAUAUAAGAAAUGAAAACAACGAAGUUCCAGAUGAUUUUCUGAAUGAAAUUCACAAAUGGUCGUUAGAAUCAAUAGCUAAAAUUGCUUUGGAUGCCCGGCUUGGCUGUUUAACUCCUGAUGGAAGUCAAGAAACACAGGAAUUAAUUGAUGCUGUGAAUACAUUCUUUAAAAAUGUUGUUAUUUUAGAACUGAAAAUUCCAUUCUGGAGAGUAAUUAGCACUAGAACGUGGAAGGAAUAUGUUGAAGCACUAGAUACCAUUAUGAGGAUAGUAUAUAAGUUCGUAUCUAAGACACUAGAUGAAUUAAAAAAUAAGAAUAAUGAAUGCAAAGAGGAUAGUUCACUACUGCAAAGAGUUUUGUAUGAAAACUUGGACAACCCUAAAGUGGCGGUUAUUCUUGCCCUAGAUUUGUUUCUCGUUGGAAUAGACACUACAUCAGCUGCAGUCUCGUCGAUACUAUAUCAGUUGAGUUUACACCAAGAAAUUCAGAAUAUGUUAUAUGAAGAAAUAAAUCGUGUACUUCAAAAUGGCCCGAUAGAUAUGAAAAAGUUGGAUCAAAUGGUAUACCUAAAAGCUUGUAUCAAAGAAACAUUAAGAAUGUAUCCUGUUGUUAUUGGAAAUGGAAGAUGCUUAAAAAAAGACACUGUUGUUUGUGGAUAUACGAUUCCGAAAGGAACUCAAAUUGUGUUUCAACACCAUGCAAUAAGCAACUCUGAAGAGUACUUUGAUGAUCCCAAUGUGUAUAAACCAGAAAGAUGGUUAAAAAAACAAAAAAAAAAACAAUAUCACCCUUUUGCCACCCUACCUUUUGGUUAUGGAAAACGAAUGUGCUUAGGGAAAAGAUUUGCUGAUUUAGAACUUCAAUGCCUCAUUGCUAAGAUCAUUGAAACAUACAAGGUUGAAUUCAAGAGGAAACUCUUAGACUAUUCAGUUCAUCCAAUGUAUAUGCCUCAUGGGCCACUAAAUUUUAAGUACACAGAAAGGAAAAAGAAAACCUGAAAUAUUAGGCCAGGAAUUUUUAUAAGUAUAUACAGUUAUUCAUUUAUAUUUCUUCAAAACAGUAUAUAUUAUUAAAUAUUAAUUGUAAUAAAUAAUAAGAAGUUAUGUUAUAUUCCAAUAUUCAAGAAUUUUGUAAAUAUCUAUAAAAUAAAAACCCUUAGAUAUGUUAGCCUUA